AUGGGGAACGAAGCGAGCAUGGAGGGCGGCGGGCAGCCCGGUGAGCCGGGAGCCGCCGUCAUGAUCGGGUCGGCGAUGCCCGGAGGACCUGCAACAGGACCGGGGGCCGGACAGCACAUGAAACCGGUCAACGGAACCGCCGCCGGGGGAGGGAUGGGGGUCGGAGGCCCCGGGAUGGGAAUGACCAGGGGUCCGAUGGGUCCAAUGGGAAGCCCCAAGACCGGCAUGCAACAAGGGGGUCAUGGAGGAGGAAUGGGAGGAAUGGGAGGAGGCGGUAUUGGAGGGAUGGGAGUCGGAAUGGGCGGAGGUGGAGGAAUAGGAGCCAGACCUGGCGAGCCCUACCGCCUGGCCACUCAUGACACUCCCACCACCCCACGACAUAUGCAGUCAAGCCAGGGGCCCGGCAUGGGGCACGGCCCGGUGUCUGGCCAUGGCAUGGGUCACGGCCCAACCGGCACCGGCAUGGGAGGCCAUGGCGGUCAGCCAAGCCCCGGUCAGCACGCCUCCCGACGUAACCUCCAGGUCGACUUCAGCGGCUCGGGCGGCUCCCGGUCAGGCCGGUCCUCCUCCGUGUCCCCUGACCGUGGCGUGACGCCCACCUCGCCCUACUCCGUGCCACAGAUAGCACCCAUGCCGAGCAGCAAGCUGUGCCCGGUGUGCACCUCCACCGAGCUGUCCAACCCACCGGCUUUACCCAACUACAACACCUGCACCCAGUGUAAGGCCACUGUCUGCAACCAGUGUGGAUUCAACCCCAACCCGCACCUCACUGAGGUCCAGGAGUGGCUGUGUCUGAAUUGUCAGAUGCAAAGAGCUCUUGGCAUUGAUAUGACCACGCCUCGCUCUAAGAGCCAACAGCAGAUUCACUCUCCGUCCCACCAAGCCAAGCCCAUCGUCCAGCCUCAGCAGCCCACACCUCAGCCAAUACAGCCGGCAGCAGCAGCACAGCCCAAACCUUUGGCUCAGAGUCAGCCCACCCAGCGGCAGCAGCAGCAGCAGCAGCCCCAACAGCAGCCUCAGUCUCAGCCCUACGGCCAGACUCAACCCUACUCCCAGUCUCAGCCUUACAGCCAAAAUCAACCCUACUCCCAAAGUCAACCCUACUCCCAAUCCCAGUCCCAGCCAUACUCCCAGUCCCAGCCAUACUCCCAGCCCCAGUCUCAGCCAUACUCCCAGUCCCAGCCAUACUCCCAGCCCCAGUCCCAGCCAUACUCCCAGUCUCAGCCAUACUCCCAGCCCCAGCAGUAUCCCCAUUCUCAGCCCCAGUUGUACCCUGCAUCCAAGCCAGGACCCCAAAAUCAGCCUCAUACUUCCCCAGGAUUGCAGAGACAACCAAGCCCUGGCGGCCCCCAGACCCAGUCUGGGUCCUUUCAGCAGGGUAUGAAAUCCGACCAGUACUCCCAGAGAGGCCCUGGAGCUCCAGGAGCUGCUGGAGGUCCUACAGGGGGCCUAAACCAGCCUGGGGGUCCAAGGAUUCCCCAUCCUGGAGCUGUGCCUCUCCCUGGCAUGACAAAGGCACCGUCGCAGCCCGAUUUGGGUCGCGGUUCUCCGAUGCACCAGUCUGUAGCGCGUCACCAUGACCAGACCAGGAGCGCUGGUUCCUCCCCAGCCCACAGACCUCAGAGUCAGGCCCCUCCUCCUGCCCAGGAUGGCCUGACCAAACUUUUCGGCUUCGGGGCAUCAUUGCUCAAUCAGGCCAGUACCCUGAUCAAUGUUGACCCGCUAGCUGGUGCCUCCACCCAGCCAAGCCCUGCACGGGGCAAGGUGGUGUUCAGUAACACAACUCCUGACAACAAGCAACAGCAAGGAACCCCUGCCGCCAAACCAUUCAGUAUGGGGGGCCCUCAUGCGAGUCAAAUGGGUGUCCCUCAUGCACCGAGUCAAAUGGGUGGCCCUCAUGCCCCGAGUCAAAUGGGUGGCCCUCAUGCCCCCGGUCAAAUGGGUGGCCCUCAUGCACUGGGUCAAAUGGGUGGCCCUCAUGCGCCGGGUCAAAUGGGUGGCCCUCAUGCACCAAGUCAAAUGGGUGGCCCUCAUGCUCCGGGUCAAAUGGGUGGCCCUCAUGCACCAAGUCAAAUGGGUGGCCCUCAUGCCCCAGGUCAAAUGGGUGGCCCUCAUGCCCCAGGUCAAAUGGGUGGCCCUCAUGCCUCAAGUCAAAUGGGUGGCUCUCAUGCGCAAGGUCAAAUGGGUGGGCCCCAUGCACCGAGCCAAAUUGGUGGCCCUCAAGUGCCGAGCCAAAUCGGAGGCCCUUAUCCACCCAGCCAAAUGGGGGGUCCCAGGAUGGGUGGACCGCAAGCGGCAACUCAGAAGCAGCAGACCACGUCGCAUCAACAUGGAAUUCCCCAACAGCAGUCGCCCGCACACCAUCAAAAAGGGCUGCAAGGACAACAGAAUCAGCAAGCACCUGCUCAUCUGGAGAAAGCGCUGCAUAAGCAGGAGCCUGUGGUGGCCCCCAAGCCUGCUCCAGAACCUGAGAAGCCGAAAGUGAACUGCCCUCUUUGUAAAACGGAACUGAACAUCGGUAGCUCUGACCCGCCCAACUACAACUCCUGUACAGUGUGUCACAGCCAAGUGUGCAACCUGUGUGGCUUCAACCCCACGCCGCAUCUGGUGGAGAAAAAGGAGUGGUUAUGUCUCAACUGCCAGACCCAGCGGCUGUUGUCCGGAGGAGGUCUGGAUGAACCUCCUCACCCGUCUCCAAAGCACCAGCCAAUGGGCUCGCCCCGUCACCAGGUGCCAGCCAGUCAGCAAAGCCCUCUCCACAAGGCCACCAAUCAGCAGGGUCCCAGGCCUGCCCAGACGCAGAAAGCGCAGGCGGGAAGUGGCGUGAGCCCACCGUUUGCUCCAACUGCGGCUAAACAACCAACUGACAACAAGACAGCGACACCAGUGUCAACCACAGAGACCCAGAAACCUCUGAAACCCACAGAGGAGAAGCCCAAACAUGAGCCUGAGAACCAAACUGACAAAGACACCAAAACCUCCCAGAAGAAAGGAGAGCCCAUCACACCGAUCAAGGAAAUGAAGAAGUCCAGGCACUAUGACGAUACAAAAAACAACAGCACCCAUGACUUGUCACGCAGCCCUCAGAGCCUCAGUGACACCGGCUACUCCUCUGAUGGCAUCUCCAGCUCCCACAGUGAAAUCACAGGUCUAAUCCAAGAAGAGGAGAUGAAGCUGAGUGAGAGGGGCAUCCCUGGAAGAGGCUCCCCAUCGAGCCCUUCCGAAAUCACCAAGCUAGAGAGCUCCAUGAGGCCUUUGCUAGAGAAGAGCCUGUCUGAAGACAAGGGGGACAGAAGAGGGAGGAAGCACAGAGACUUAGAUGACAGAGGGAAGCAGCGCCCACGCUCCCUGUCAAUCCCACCAGAUUCAUACGAUUCUGACGAGGAGUUGGAAGAUAUUCUGGAGGAGGAAGAGGAUGGAGGAGAAUGGGAAGGUAAACGGAAGGAAGUGAAGGAGGAGAAGAAGGAGAAGAAAAAGAAGGAAAAGGAUACUGAGCCCACAGAAAUGACAGACGAAGAGUUCAUGAGGAGACAAAUAAUGGAAAUGAGUGCUGACGAAGAAAAUGAGGAUGAAGAGAUGGAAGAAGAUGACGAUGAGGAAGAUGAAGGAUAUGGCUACCAGAAACCCAAAAAGAGCCACCUGAAACACAUCUCUGACUCAGGGAAAGAGAAAAGACGUCUUCAGCACCACUCUAGCAGCUUUGAGGAGGAAACAAAGAGCUCCUCUGAUGUCUAUAAAGGCUCAAUGGAGGAGGGUGAAGAUGAUUUGAUGGCACAAGGAGGCUUGAGGCGCUUCAAAACCAUUGAACUUAAUAACACCAGCAGCUACAGCCGGGACAUGGAGCUGGGCAAUGAAAACGACUUGAGCCUGGAUCGGGAACCAGAGCUGGAGAUGGAAAGCCUGACAGGAUCUCCCGAAGAGCGUUCUCGGGGAGACUACUCCUCCACAGUGCCAGCUAGCUCAUCCUCAUAUGGCUCAGGCCAGUCUCCUACUUCGAUUUCAUCAAUGGAAGAGGACAGUGACAGUAGCCCCAGCAGGAGGCAAAGGCUGGAAGAGGCCAAGCAGCAGAGGAAAGCACGUCACCGAUCCCACGGUCCACUCCUUCCCACCAUUGAAGACUCUUCAGAAGAGGAUGAGCUGAGAGAGGAAGAAGAACUUCUAAGAGAGCAGGAGAAGAUGAGGGAGGUGGAACAACAGAGGAUAAGGAGUACAGCACGAAAGACCAAGAGGGAUAAGGAGGAGCUAAGGGCUCAGAGGCGCAGAGAGAGAUCCAAGACACCACCUAGCAAUCUCUCACCCAUUGAAGAUGCUUCUCCAACCGAAGAACUGAGACAGGCUGCAGAAAUGGAAGAGCUCCAUCGUUCCUCUGCUUCAGAAUAUUCACCUCAGAGUCUGGACUCAGAGGCUGAGGGGUACGAGUCAAAACUUUACAAGUCAGGCAGCGAAUACAACCUGCCCACCUUUAUGUCUCUUUACUCACCAGUAGAAAAAUCAUCAACUACAACAACCACCACUGCACCGUCUUCUACUUCCAAACCGCUAAAGAGUGCUGAGGAGGUUUAUGAGGAGAUGAUGAGGAAGGCAGAGAUGCUUCAGAAACAACAGAAGCAACAGCAACAACCAUCAAGACAUGGGCAGUACUAUGAGGAGGAUGUUAAUGGACAAGGUUAUGAUGACGAGUAUGAAUAUGAACAAGAUCAAUCAUAUGAAAAUGAGGCAGCAGAGACAGAAACAGAUAUUUAUGAAGAGAUCAGACAAACAUCUCAAAACAUUACCAAGAUGCAGCAGGCCACUGAUGAGCAAGUAGAGAUAGAGAUUGAGAGCUCCUACCCGGACAAGCAGCUUCUGGACACAGGCUCAGCCUUUGCUAAGCUUCUUGAGCAAAGCAAUGCUUUACUAACUCCAGGUACAAGCCCUACCCAGGUGUCAGCUCCUGUUUCCUUUGUUGAGACUGGAGGACGGAUUCCUGAUGUCCGAGUAACGCAGCAUUUCUCGGCAAAGGACGGGCACAAAGACAGGAUCAAAAGCCAAGCAGGAAAGAAUGGAAUUACUCCAGCAGUGGCGGCCACAACUAUCGCCGCUUAUGGAGUUUAUGCCAGAGAUGCAGUAACUAUUUCUCAGACCAGUACAAGUCACACUAUGACGACUACUCAGUCAAGCAUGUAUAGCCGACACACGGCAAGUCCUGCCACAUCUUCAACUACAGUCUCAAGUGUAUGUAGCAAGAUUGCAGAGAUUACCCAGGCAUACAGUCAAAGGGAAGUGAUUACCAGAAGGGUAGGGGACACCAGGGACGUCCAAGUGCGAGACAGCUCUACAUCUUCCACUGAGCGAAUCAUUGAGCCACGUUCUCCCAAGUAUACUACUUAUUACAGGAGCACCAGUCCUCCUCUUUCUCCAUCACCCCCAACAAUGAGUCCCACCCGUUCACCUUCCAGAAGGAAUACUGCUGAAUUCUCAACACAGACUUUCAGUUCAGCUUUAAGAAGGUCUGAGUCAGCUGGCGCUGGGCCUACGUCUCCAGUGACUGCUCAGGGAACACAAACAUCAAAUCGAUCAGUGUCCCCACGGCUCUAUCGCCAAACGUCUUCCCAAGAUACCCCAUACUCCCCACCUUUAAGCCCAGCUAGGCCAAUGACGGUCAACACUGCUACUUCUCCCCUGUCUUCGCCCACCCGAUUUAGUCGCCAAUCAACAUUUGAAAAUUACUCCCCAUGUAACAGCCCUCCAGAUACGCCACCCUACCACCAGUCUCCCACACGUAGCUUCUACCAAACACAAAGAGUGGAAAAAGUUAAUGUUGGAACUAGUAUGGUCACCACAGCCAGCCAUUACACAAGAGGAUCCAUGUCAAUGGACAACAUCUCCCUCUGUAGAAUAUCUACAGUGCCAGGCACUUCUAGGGUAGAGCAGGGUCAUAUGAUCCAAGGUGGGAGUGUUGUGGACCUCAGAACAGCCACCAAACCAGCUCCUAUUAUCAUGACUGAUCAGGGAAUGGAUCUCACUUCAUUGGCCACCGAAAGUAGGAAAUAUCACGGUGGAUCAGAGGGUAGCAGGCAUUCAACAAUUGUACAGCCCCUGAUUAUGAACCUGAACACCCAGGAGAUCAUCACUCCAACAACUGUGAGUGUCACUGUGGCUGCUUCCAUGUUUAUGACCCAGCCGAAACAGCCAUCAGUCUAUGGUGAUCCACAUCACAACCAAGUGGAUCUUGGUCAGGGCAUGGGUACUGCUAUGUGUCUUAGCCAGAACAAACCACCAAUUUCCCCUCCAACUGACCCAGCAAUACCAAAAAUUGAUGCCAAACUGGAAGACCUCAGUAUCCAGCAGAAAGAGCUACAAAUACAGCAGGAAAAGCUGCAGAUGCAACAACAGAUCCUUGAACAGCAAUUGCAGCAGCAUCACCAGAUGCAACAACAGCAGCAAACAGCAUCUGCUUUGGCCAGGUACAGCCUUACCGGACAGAUCUCACCUUUGUUGAAAAAAGACUUGCUAGUCAGUCAGACUAGCGCUGCCUCAGCUGUGGUCAGUGCUGUAACCCCAAUAAUUAAUCCUGAGCUUUAUGGCGCAGGUCCUGUUGAGCUGAAAGGAAGGCCCAGUCCUCCUGGUGUGAUACCAGGAGCUAAAUCUCCACAUAGCAUGGUAGUACAGAUGGAUGUAGGGCCAGAGCAGGCGAGGGCAGUGACUCAGCUAGUGAAGGUAGAAGAAGGACAGGAUGCAAUGGAUUUGACAGAAAGCCAAUUUAAACCUGACAACCAACCAGCUUGCUGUGAUGUUGUAUACCGACUUCCAUUUGGUGGAAGCUGCGUUGGUGGUGAGACGGAGGGCAUAAGGCCUCCAUCUGCCCCACCCCUUACCUAUGAGUCUGAUCAAGAAAGACAAUCCGGAGGGUACCAAGAUUACCCAAUGGAUGACCGUAAGGCCUACACCUUACCUUACCCUGGUAGGCUCCAGCCUUCGAUGUCUGACACAAACCUCGCUGAAGCUGGGCUACAGUCCUACCAUUCCAAACUAGAACCACACCUCCAAACUUCAGGAGAACUUGUUAUGGAUUUAACUGCUAUGAAACAAGGCUAUGGAGGGUAUAUAGGGAUGCAAUAUGGCUCCUAUACAGAUUUACGGCAUGGAGGAGAAAUCACAGCCCAAGCACUGCCUAUAAGGAGAUAUAAUUCCUUGUCUAACAUCAGUUCAGACUAUGGCUACACUGCUCGUGACAUUGCUGGCUUCCAAGAAGCUAACUUGGCUCAGUACAGUGCUACAACUGCCAGGGAGAUCAGCCGUAUGUGUGCAGCACUCAAUACCAUAGAUCGAUAUGGAAGCAACCCAGACUUGAUGCAGUUUGGUAGUUUGGGGAGAGGAACUGGGCCGGGGGCUGCCAGGCUCGCAGCAAGUCUUGGCAUCAGGCCAAACCUUCUUUUUGGACCAGACGGGAAGCCAAUUUCCCACAGUCAAGCGCUAACCAACCUUAUCAAUGCCAGGCAGGCUAGUCUGAGGGCUAUGUACCCUACUGCUAUAAGGUCUUCUGAUGGGAUGAUUUACUCCACCAAGACCCCCAUUGCUUCUACACUUCCCAUUACAACUCAGCCUGCCUCUGUCCUUCGCCCAAUACUGAGGGGGGUCUACAGGCCAUACCCCUCUGCCAACAUGACACCUGUGCCCCUUUCCAGUCUCAGCAGACUACCAAUGAGCCCAAGAGUACCCUUAACUGGACAAGCUCCAGUCCGUUACCCAGCUCCAGGUCUUCUCCAAACAACGUCAACCAAUGCCACUACUGCUGGUGUUGCACCACUAGGUGCCCCAGUGUCUGUUUCCUUGACAACUACAAGCUCUACAGUCCAGGAUGAACCAGUUUACCUCGGUAAGGGUGCACCCUCAUCAACAGAGGUCACCUCAGUACAAGGAGUUGUCAUACCAAUAGAGCCACAGCAGCAACCUAUAAACCUUUCCCAGGCCCACCUGAACAGUCAACAACAACAACAACAACAACAAGUGGCAACGGCUCAACAGCCUCCUCCUGCAGGCUAUGCAUACCCACCCUCUGCUCUUUCACACACUCACAGCUACAACCAACCUCCAGCUGGCCCCUCUGCCCCCACUGGUGGCUUACCCAUUGCAGGGGGUCUUCCUCCCUUCCCUCCACCAGGUGCCGUACAUAAGGAGGGUGAAAGCGAGGCAGAGAGGCUGCAUCGGCAGCAGGAGCAGCUUCUGCAAAUGGAGAGGGAGCGCGUUGAGCUGGAGAAAUUCCGACAACUGCGCCUGCAGGAUGAGCUGGACCGAGAAAAGAUGGAGCUGAAGCUGCACAGGGAGAAGGAGCAGAUGCUGGUGCAGAGAGAGUUAAAUGAACUGCAGAACAUCAAGGAACAGGUCCUACAGCAACAGCAACAGGAACGCGAGAAACAACUUGUUCUCCAGCGGGAGCAGCUGGCCCAGCAGAAGUCCCAGCUAGACCAGAUCCAGUCUUUACAGCAUCAGCUCCAGCAACAGCUUGUGGAGCAGAAGAGGCAGAAAACCGCUGCAGCUCAGAGCAUGCAGCUGGAUGUGAACGGACAGCCCUUGCCGUCCUUCACCGACUCUCAUGCAGGCUACCGUUCGCUCCCCAACUCCUCGUCCGAUAUGUGUCUGAGGAGCCAGCAGGAGCACAUGGACACCAGGAGCAACAUGAGGAAACACAGCUCCAUGACCAGGCUGAGUCGAGACAGCUUGGACGGAGAGGGUGUGGUGUUUUAUGGUUCCCCCCGCAGGAAUGUGGACAGCUGUGUGCAGACAGACGAUGAAGAUGGAGAGGAGAGGUACAUGAUGCGCCAUCGCACCAGAAGGCGUGGUCGCAGCGUUGACUGCUCCGUCCAGACAGACGAUGACGAGGAAAAGGCAGAAACGGAACAUCCAGUUCGCCGAAGACGUUCCCGUUUCUCCCGGCACGCUGAGUCCAAUGCCACUGGCAAUAGUACUUCCGCCACAUCCACCGCAGCCACUGACACCAAGACAGACUCUCACAAGAUGGUUUCUUCCAGUAUCGCCAUCCAGACCAUCAGGGAAAUGUCUUGCCAGACAGAAGUGGAGCACCUAGGAAGAGUCUCACCAGCAAUCCAUGUGACAGUACCAGACCCGAAUAAGGUAGAGAUUGUGCACUACAUCUCAGGACCUGAGCGGACCAAAAAAGGACAGUCUUUAGCAUGUCAGACUGACCCGGAAGCCCAGUCACAGGGUGUUGUAGCCCCUCAGCUCAGUGUACCAACCACAGUCAGUCCAUAUUCUUCCUCUACCAGCACCGGAACUCAACAAUCUGGCUCUGCAGACCUCCUGACCCAGCAGCGUCAGCAGCAACACAUCGCAGCAAACGCUGCCAAGUUUGAGCGACGCCGCCCAGACCCGCUUGACAUCAACUACCAGCCUCACAACCACAUCCACAAUGAGUCUAUCUCCAGCAUCAUCCGGCAGCAGCAGACAGCUCCCAAAUCCCCUCAAGUCCUCUACUCUCCUGUCUCCCCGGUGUCCCCUCACCGCCUGCUGGAGAAUUCUCUGUCCAGCGAGAGGCUGAACAAGGCCCACGUCACACCUCAGCAGAAGUCCUACACAGCUGAGUCCCCGCAGAGACACCCCUCUGUGCCCAGGCCCAUCAAGAGCACCCAGAGGUCCAUGUCAGACCCCAAGUCCCUCAGCCCAACCACAGACGAUCACACCAAGGCAAGGCUGUCCCUCUACCAGCAGCAAGUACUCCAGAGCCAGUUGGCUGCCCUACAGCAGAGCUCACUACUCCGUAAGGUCAAGCGAACCCUGCCCAGCCCUCCUCCGGAGGAGACUACAACAUCAGCUCAUCUGCCCAUGAUGGCACCUGCCCUCCAACAGGUCUACCUGCCCUCCGUGCCCAGCCUCAAGCCCACCUCCAGGUCUGGCCUGGCUGCCAAAGCGAGCCUCCUCAAAGACCUCACCCACGAGCUGAAGGCUGUGGAGCAAGAGUCAACAAAGCUGAGAAAGCAGCAAGCUGAACUGGAAGAGGAAGAGAAAGAAAUCGAUGCUAAACUUAGAUACCUCGAGCUGGGGAUCCACCAAAGGAAAGAGACUCUAGUCAAGGAGAGGGAGAGGAGGGAUAUUGCCUACCUGAGAUGUAUGGGCGACACUAGGGACUACAUGUCUGACAGUGAGUUGAAUAACCUACGUUUAGCAGCUGCAGCUGCAUCACAUGAGACCAAUGGGCUUCUAUCAACAAGGCCCAGCACUGCUCCUCUGAGUCAGUUCACCAGUGACCUGAACACAGCGGCCCAGUACCCACCCACCUCAUCCUUCCUCUCCUGUCAGUACCCCCCGAGCCAACCUGCACCACCAAUUCAACAAUCAAGUGUGCCAUACCAGUCCACAACAUUCAACCAGCCUCCCUACCCAACAGUGUCUCAGUCCCAGGCACUGCCACAGCCAACACCGCUUCAGAGCCAUAUCCCCCCUCCAGGACCUUCUUACCAGGCUCAACCCUCCUACCCUUCCCACACCUAUCCCCCAACUCAGCCCCCAUACCCCCAGACAGACAUGGGGUUACCAGCUGCACCUCAGCCUCAACCCCAGCCCGGGCACACUGGUUUUGGGCCGGCACCGCCUGGUCAGCCCCCAUACCCCACCCACAGCUCACCCUAUCCCAGCGCUGUGUCCUCCUACCCCAGUCAAACCACCCCAUACCCUGGGCAGCCCCAAGCUGAUAUUCUGACAGUACACCCGGGAAGACCAAGGCAGACUUCGCUGGCCGAUCUGGAGCACAAGAUGCCAACCAACUAUGAGACAAUCAGCAACCCCACAGUCGUGGUCACCACCACGGCUCAGGAGGCUAUCUAUUCCAGUUCAGCCCCCCCUUAUGGUCAGUAUACUGGGUCGACAACCAUGGCCAGCUCCUAUGGGCCCUAUGGCUCAGCACCAGUGUCCAGCAGCUAUGGUGGAUACCCAUCAAUGCCAUCCAGCACUUAUGGCCAGUACACUUCAACCUCAGCUAAUUCAUAUGGCCAGUACACCACAACCAAUGCCAAUACUUACGGCUACACCACCACCACAGCAAGCUCUUACGGACAGUACACUUCUACGGUUUCCAAUGCCUAUGGGCACCCUGUAGACAGUCCUUCCACGUACAAUAAUGCAGAUGGGAUGUACGGGGCUCCUGGCUUAGAACAGAACGUCCCAAGGAACUACAUGAUGAUUGACGACGUAAGCGAGCUGACGGCAAAAGACGGGCUGGGCACGACGACAGGGGACAUGAUGCAUCAUGGCGGCAGUGGGCGUUAUCCAGGCGACAUCCACGGCCACAGCAGCACCAUUGGCAGCACGACGCGUGGCAGCUCCUCGUACGGCAGGACACCCGAAGAGGAAGCAGCGAUGCAGGAAGAGCUGUACGACCACCACGGCAGGGGUAAGAGCAGCUACAGGCACGGACCUCUAGGGGGCAGCAGCAGCAGCGUGAGCGCUAGCAUGGGUGGGGGAUCCUCCUAUUACUAUGACUUCGACUACAAACAUGGCGGCAUCCGCUCCGGGGUACAGAAACCUUCACCAUCCUCCAGAACUCUUCUGGCUCCUGCUGUCAUGUCUUCCAAGCGCAGCAAGCACAGGAAACUGGGGAGUAUGGAGCAAAAAAUCUCCAAGUUUUCCCCAAUUGAAGAGGCCCGGGAUGUGGAGGCAGACCUGGCCUCCUAUUCCUCAGCAACAGGUGAGGCUUACCCCUCCUCUCAAAUUCGAGGGCGCCAGCUGAUUGAGGAUUACGGCUUCAAGAGGAAUACUCAAGAGGGCCUCGGUGGAGCCUCUCAUGGUAGUCGACACUAUGGUUUGACAGAGGAGGACGAUCGGAUUUACUACAACUCCACAGGCCGCUCCCGUUCCACCGGCUAUGGCAUGGACAAGAUCUCAGCCAGAGACUACUCUGGGUAUCGCAGCCGAUCCUAUGAGAGGGACGACCGUUCCUACCCAUCUGGCUACAGCCGGGGGCGUCGCCCAACCCGGCAGUACUCUGAAGAGGAGAGCCCACUCAGUCCCCUUGGGAGGUUCAUGCGUUCUGGGCGAUCAUCGAGCUUAGGUCCCGACCCAUACGACAGUCGAAGCAGUAGAUAUCAAUACUAUUACGGCCAGUAUGGUUCCAGCCACUCGCUGCCAGAUGUACAAGACCACAUACGGGACCUCCCCCGGACGCAUGUCUACAAAUCGGAUGAUACGUACAUUAUAGACGAUUAUCAUUGCGCUGUGUCAGACAGUGAAGCCUACCAUCUGGGACAAGAAGAAACUGACUGGUUUGAGAAGCCCCGUGCCAGUUCUCGACACUACGGCAGCAGCCACUCUACUGGGAGGAGCCGGCACGGUGUCAAACACACCUACCAUGAUUACGACGAGCCUCCUGAGGAGGACCUGUGGCCCCAAGAUGAGUAUGGCCACGCAGGUCGACACUCUUCUUCCCGUGACCAUCGACAACAUGGCAGCACUAGCCGACACUCAUCCGGGUCACGUCAUUCAGAUGAGCCGAGGUCCUCGAGGUCAUCUAAAGGGCACCCAAAAGACCCGUCGAUGCGCCAAGAACCUUCAGUCCGAUCCUCAUCUACAGGACGACGUGGAGAAUCAAGGUCAGGCGGGUACCACUCUUCGGACUACUCUCGAGACCCAUCUGGGCACCACCACGGACAACGCUCCUCCAGACAGGGGGAUCCGCACCGUUCCUCACGCAGCAAAUCGCAGCCGCCAGGGGACAUGCAAGGCCAACCAGGCUCCUCCAGGUCUGGCAGCAGCUCUCGGGGUCAGGGUUCCUCUGCGGGCCCUACGGGAUCAGGACGCCAGGGUGCUCCAGGUUCCCAGAUAGACGGAGCUCCUGGACAGAGGACCCAGCUCCAACAACAAGCACAGACAUCAGCGACAAGGCCCGGCCAGCCUGGCGCCGCAUCGACCAUGGGCCCUCAGCAGCAGCCCCCACCCCAGGGACAAGGCAUGGGCAUGGGUAUGGGCAUGGGCAUGGGGCAGGGCCAGGCAAAGCCAGGACAGAUGGGACCAGCAGGUGGACCUAUGGGGCAGGCCAGGCAGACCGGACCCGCAGGAACCACGCCAGCAAACAUGGCCAAGAUCGACACUCCUCCAGUAACAGCGAUUGGAGCGAAAGCAGCACCAGUCAUUGCUGCAAAAGCUGCCCAGCCACCCCUCACAGGCAUAGGCUCCAAGGCAGGUCCUAGGCCAGGAGGUAUUGGCAGUGCAGCAGCAGGUCAGCCUGGCCUGGAGGGAGAAGGCAUGUUGUCCAAGAUCCUCCCUGGAAAUGCCGCUGAGCAGGCCGGCAAACUGGGAGAUGCUAUAACCGGUUUUGGCAAGAAAUUCACCUCUUUCUUCUGAGGUGCUUAUAAUAAGGACUAUGUACAUGUGAAAUGACAGUCACGAGGCCCUGUACCAGAAAAACCUGUGAAGUUUCCCCAGCUUUUAUUUUACUGAAAAAGAAAAAGAUAAAGAAGAGAGAAGGGAACAGAGAGCAGUGCUGAGCAUACUGCCAACAAGGACUGGAAUCCUCAGGAUGCUUCAUGUCUCAGGCCUGAGCACACACUGCCAGAGAGAACAUGCUACUUUCUCUGGCAGUUCAGACAAUCAUGCCAACUCAACAUCCAUGCUCUAUCCAGUGUACCCAGCCAAAGAAUUAGUCUCCACCAAACUACCACGGAGCCCUCCAAACCACCUGUAGUAGUUUCUCAGCCAUUCAUUACAAGAGCACUGGCAGCCAAAAAUGUCAACAUUUGUUUAUGCUGAUAUUUUUCCGUGCCAGUAGAGGGAGCUAAACUUACAUCCGCCGAGAUCUACACAGUUUUGGAAGAUGGGUAAAACCAAUGGUAGCCAUGCCCCAGCUAAGUCCUCCGCGUGGAAUCUAACCCUGCAAGUGCAAUGGAAUAAUAAGGUGGUACUCCAAUACGCUGACAACGCCACUACUUAUAUGAAAGCUCCUUUUUCCUGCUCCAGGAAAUGGUUGCUGGCAUGCAGGAUCCUUGGUUUUACAGUCCUGUGCUCAAACAAGGAACAACCCCACCUCUCUCCUCUUUUCUAUCUCUUCUCAAAGUAAAAAAAAGAGCGAGGAAAAAUGGAAUAAAACUUGCUGCAGGUUUUUCUGGUACUAAAAAGGAAAAUGUGACGCUGAAUGAAAAAGACAAAGCUAACGACGUAGCUGACCCACAGUUUUUGUGUGUCGGCUCGCGUUUCUUUCCACGGUUAGUUUCUAUCUACAUUCCAGAUUGGAACUGUUAAGACCUUUUGCUCCCCCUCUUCCUCUCCUCUCUGCGUUUUUCUUGAAUGCUGAUUUUUCUUCAUUUCCAAUCCCCGCCCAAUGAUCCUCAACUUGCCAUGUCUUUAAAGAAGUGUAUAGUGGAUAAAAAAAAAUAAAAAUAGGAAUUUGGAAUGCAUGGAACUUUAUAUCCAAGACCUUACACUGUUCAUCAUUACUUAACAGAGGCCAUAAAUACACUGGGAAACACAUCUUAGCUAGACGACGUUAACAAUAACGAUUAAGAGAUUUCCGGAGCAACACACAGGAAUUGGCCACGGGAAUAAGAGGAGCCUUGUUUUUUUAAGAGAAGAUAUGGAUUGGUUUUUGGAGUGAAACUGUAUGUCGUCGGGUUGUUUUUCAGCCAUUGCAAAGCCAUUGAGACAACAUUUACCUGCAAGCUUGUGCUGAUGGGGUUUCUCCAACUGCUCCAACAUUUGGUUCUCAGAUGUUCCUCAUGUUGUUGUUGGUGGUUAUCAUAUCCUGUGUUUUAAUUUUCUUAAUAAUUGUUAUUUUGUUAAUUGCUGGUUUUUAUGUUGCAGGUAACCAAUAUCGCCUUAAUCAUUCUUGAAUAUUUUAUUUUGAAGUGACAUCUUUUUUAUUACACCCUGUAAACACAUAUUUUCAUCACACCUCUUUUUUAUGUAGUGAUAUCUGCUGGAACACUGGCCACAGUGAGAUUAAUUUAUAUUUUUUAACUUUGUUUUUGAUAAUUGAUAGUGAUAUUAUUUAUUUUAUUUAUGUUUUGUAAUGUUUUCAUCCUGUCGAUUUUACUAACUCUUAUUUAUUAUCAAUACCUAUAAAAGCAAUAGAGUAAGAGGUAGGGAAGUGAAGAGCACAAUCUUGUGUCAUUUAAAGAAGUUGGUGGAGUAGAAACGUGUUGCCUCCGUCUGUCUUACACACCACUGAUGUAACGCUUAAACGUACCACCACCAACGUACUCUGACAUUGUUCUACUGCUGUACUCGUACAUCAGAGAGCAGGAGCUCACCUAUAAACACAAGUUUGGUACCACCCAGAUCUCCUCCAACGACCAACAGUGAGACAUCAAAUCUUCACUCACAGGAAGUGUGAUGCGCCGCUUGUGUUGGCCAGCUGGAGUCCGAUGUGAAAGCACUGCAGGGCAGCAGAGAGGCACUGAAAAGCAGACCAGACACACAUUGCGGUAGAACUGGACUUUUUCACCUGCGGGGGUUCGAUGUGAUUUCUCUGAAAAUCCAACAUGGACGUUCUUUAGGAGCCCCGCCACGCUCCUUUUACACAUCGAUGUGUAUCAGCAUGUGUCUUCACUCACUGCACACGUGAAAGCACACGGUGUCAAAAGAACGAAGAAGAAAAAAAAAAAAAGCACUCACGUGACUGAGGAACCAAAUAUAACACACUUGGUUGUGUCACAAAGUCACUCGCCUUUUUUUAACUUUUCAUUUUCUAUCAUGGUGGCGUCGAAGACCAAACCCCCGAAAACCUCUCUCUCAGACUGUCAUGGAAAACUUCUCAGGUCAGUGUUCUCCCUGCUGUCGCUCCUGCAGUGCAUUGUGGGAUCUUCGGUUUCGGUACUCUAAAACUGUCGGGCCAAACAUUGCGAGGCCUUCAGCAAAACCAACAAAACCCAACCAACUUCUGCUGUAUAUUGUCUGUGUGAACGCUCGCUGGGAACCUUCGCAUGCCGCCCGGCGCAGAAAACCUCAAGGUCACCUCUAUAUUGUUCUGUUCCUAAUGUUUGUACGUAUGUGUGUGGGGGUCUGUAUGCGUGUAUUUAAAGGCCAUCAUCCAAUGUGGAAAAAAAGUAAAGAAAAAACACGAGUUCAACCACAACAAAUAUGGUGGGCAGAAGAGGCGACCUCUCAUCUCCAGUCCUUCUAUGCAAUGAAUCAUAUUUGGUAAAAACACGAGGAAGAAAAAGGUAAUGAAAAUACACCAACGGGAAAAGUCAUUGUUUAUCACACUUGAGUUAUUCUAACAAUAUCUAUUUGUUCUGGCAUUCCUCAUAAAUCUAAAUAAGGAGGUUCUUUGAAUGUGUGUAUAAUAUAUCUCACCGGUAAGUUAGGAAAUAAUAAGAAGGGUCUUUGUUUUACUAGUGGUACUCCUCUCCUCCCUAACUGGGGUCUCUCUAAAAUGUGUGCAUGGUAGCUCGAAAAUGGCAAUGAAAGCCGAGAAAGGAGUGUUGCUGAUUUUAUGAGGUCUAGUAGUUCAUUUAUUUGCAAUACAAAAACUAAAUAGGUCAAUGGUAGACCAGAAAUGUUCAAUGAUGAUUUUAUAUUUGAAAUAAAACUGCAUAAUAAUACACCUUAUAUUGAUAAUAAAAAGUUCACAUAAGAUGCUAAACAAUAAACAAGGGACUGUUUGCUCGUCUAAAAACCAAUGUGAAAGAAGUCAGAACAAAAUGUAAUAAGAAUAUAUUUUGAAUGAGCAUUUAUCAUAAGCACUCAAAAAAUCCCAGCUUUAAUGAACGUUGCAAACAAGGCCAAUUAGCUUUUUUGAGGCAGGGUACACAGAACAGUUGUCCAGAGAUUUAUAAAUACAAAAAGUAAAGAAUUAUAUAAAUAUAGAAUAUAUAUAUAUAUAUAACGAUCUAAAUACAUUCCCUAAUAGAGUUCGUGACUGCUCAGGGGUGAAGAAGAAGAAAAGCUCCUCUUUUUCUUAUUUAUUCAUUUAUUUAUUUUGAUGAACGUGACCCAAUUACCAUGUGAUCGCCGACAUGUGUGCACUCGUUGUUUGCAGAGAAAGAAAUAUUUAAAGAAUAUGUAAGAUACACAAAAGCCGUACAAAUAUAAACAUAUGAUAGAUAAGAUUUCACUAUAUUAUAUAAGACACUAAAUACUGCUAUAGGCUACUAGUGAAGUACUUUUCAAGGCAUUCCUGAAAUGAAUUAACUGAUGUGAGAGUGUUGGUGUUUGAAGAUGAACUGCCACUACACACUUAGAUUUAUAAGCUGAAUACACUGGAACAG